CCAAAGUUCGUAGUGUUCCUUUAUAUUUCAGAUCUAGGCUUUGCAUCUCUUCCAUAGUAUCCGAGCGAUGGAUGCCGUAGACUCAGUCGUCGAUCCCCUCAGAGAGUUCGCCAAGGACAGCGUCCGCCUCGUCAAGCGCUGUCACAAGCCUGAUCGCAAAGAAUUCACGAAGGUGGCGUUCCGCACGGCGAUCGGUUUCGUUGUGAUGGGAUUUGUCGGUUUCUUCGUGAAGCUGAUCUUCAUUCCUAUCAACAAUAUUAUCGUUGGUUCUGGUUAGGCCAUUUGAAUCACUGAAUUGAUGGAGGUGGAAGGCAGACCGGUGCAAUGCAACAUCGUGUUAGCAUGUAGCUUCCAAUUAGGCUCCCUUUCGAUAUUGUAUGUCAUACUCGAGUAGACAAUGAUAUUUUGACUCUUUUGUUUUCUUCUUGGUUAUUUAAAAAAAAAAAAAAAAAAAGAACCCUUUGUUUUCUUCU